GUAUAUAUAUAACUAUAAUAACACCAGGUUUUCAUCAAAACCCACAACAGAAAAUCCAAACCAUCAAAAUCCCAUCUCUCAUGGCCACCAUCAAAGGGUCCCUCUCAUAUGGGCUUUUGGGAACCUUCCUCCUCCUUUCCUCCACCCUCCUCCCUACCUUAACUUGCUCUGAUUCAAGCCAUGAGCUCCAAACAGCGCAAAUCGCGAGGCGGUCCCUAGGCGGGACGCCGGCGAAUGUUAUCCAACAGUAUCUAGCGCCGCACAAUCUCAUCCGGGCCCAGCUAGGCCUAAGACCACUGAGUUGGAGCGACGAGCUUGCCAGCUUCGCUGAGUCGUGGGGGAACCAGCGGCGGCGGGACUGUGCAUUGAUCCACUCCAAUAGCAACUACGGCGAGAACAUCUUCUGGGGUAGUGGGAAGAACUGGCAACCGUCUGAUGCAGUCGCUGCGUGGGCCGCCGAGAAACAGUACUACGACCCCCAGCGUAACCAGUGCUUGGAGAGAGAUUGCCUGCACUACACACAGAUGGUGUGGAGGCAAAGCUUGAGAGUAGGGUGUGCUAAGGUCAUCUGUGGCCGCGGCGACACGUACAUCACAUGCGAUUACGACCCACACGGCAAUGUGAUCGGCCAGCGGCCCUUCUGA